AAAUGGCAAUUCCCCCUGAGCCUCUCGUGUCCGCGCCAGGUCGUCGCGUCACUUCGCCGGUCACUCCACGUGUGUCACUCACGAGAUUAUUAUUUUCCAAGUGUUUUUUUGUGUGUCGUCUCCCCCCACCACCACCCGCGGCGGCGGGUCCACCUGUGUGAGCGAUAUAUGCGGGGGAUUUGAGCGGGCGGACGCAGUGUGCGGAGCGCAACGUGUAGUGUAGUGAGUCCAGCCAGGAGCGACAGCAUCCACCAGCGACAUGGCGAGGAUCUCGAUGCUGGUGCUGCUGGUGGCGGCGGCGGUGGCGGCGGAGCAGGCGGCGCCGGCGGAGCAGCAGGCCGAGGAGACUACGCUGGACAAAGCGACCCGCGCCAAGAAGGACGCCGUGCCCUGUGGUGUUGCAGGGUACCCGUACGGCGGCUACAACUCGUACAACACGGCGUACAACUACAACAACCGCUGGGGCGUGCCGACGGCGCCGGCGUACAACAGCGCGGGCUUCUACAACUCGGACAUCUCGCGCUCUUACCCGGGCGCAUACGACCGCUACGACCCACGCUACAGCCAGUACAACCAGUACAACCAGUACGGAGCCUACAACCGGGGAUACAACGCGGCGUACCCCACAGCCGCGGGAGCCUACGCUGGCUAUCCUGGCUACCCAGGCUACACCGGCUACGAUGCGAAGACGGUCGGCUACACCGGCUACAACACCGGCUACAACACCGGCUACGGUGCUAACCGAUACCCGUACGAGGACCGCUUUUACAGCAACUACCCGUAUAACAACUACAACAACCGGUAUCCGUACGACUACAACAGGCGGGCGGGGUACGACAACCGAUACGACUACCGGGCCCCUGUUACGGGGUACGGAGGGUACAAUACGGGAUAUAACACAGGAUACAACACCGGAUACAACAACGGCGGGUACAACACCGGCUACAACAACGGCGCCUACCCCGCGUACCCCGUUACGCAAGAAUACUACUACAACACCCCGGCGGCCAGUAACAACGUGUACAACACGGGGUACAGCGGCCGCUACCUCAAGAAGCGCGACGGCAAGGAGCCCGGGCCGCCUGGACCCUCCCCCUCGGCGGCGGGCGCAGGACCCACCCCCGCCACCCCCGUGGCUUAGACAUACACCACCGACACCAAACCCAAACUUGUGCAGACUUUUCUACUUUUGUAUGUUCUCUCUCGGACAGCAUUAAAAAUUUACUACUAACACCAAA